GGAAGGGGUACACGUAGCGUAAAAGUAAGAGAGGCAGCGGGCCGCGCUAUUCACGAUCCAGAGACACUUCUCUUUAUUCCCGUUCCGUACAGCUGGUUAAAAGCCUUCUCUCCUUUUAGUCGUCGUCCGCCAACGACGGUACGUGCGCGGCGGCACCUCGCGCGCACCGCGGCUGCAACCGCGGCGAUUCUUCUCGUAUGCACGCUUCUUUUGUGCCUUCUCCUCUCGCGCUCGGCGCUCGCGACUCUUCCCUUCUGUCAUUCCAAUUAGCGACAUUCCAAAUCGCGCGCACAUCCGAUUCUCCGGAUCACCGAGUGAAAGUGAAAGCGCGCGCGCGCGCGCACGCGCGCGCUGCCGACGGCUUGGCCUAACUUUUUCGUAUAUUCCGCGCUAUAUCGCUCGUCCCGGUGUGCUCGAGUUCUCGAGUUACUGGCGGUGAAGGUGUCCGAUACGCAUGUCGCCGGUUGACAUCACAGCUGAGUCCCACGAAACAAAGGCGGCUGCUGGACAACGGCGGUGAUCUCGAUUCGUUCGCGCGGUUCUUCCAUCUACCGCGUGACCGCCGACAGUCUGAACACUGAGGAAACAGCGAGCUUACGCGGUCGCGCUUGCAAAGUCAUUCCGAGGCAUUCCGAAUAAUUAGGCGUAACCCGGAAGCGGCGCCGUGCUCGACAUGAUAGCGGCGAAGGGAGUGCCUUUGCUCGGGCAAGCCGUGGUCUCGUCGUGACAUGUCCUUGCAGCUCGAAAGUCGACAAUGAUUCAAUCAUGAUUUCUUCGACGGGAACACGAAUCUGUCGUACGCCGUCUCCAGUUAGCCAUUGUCCGAAUUGACACGGUCUUUCACCCGUCAUUCGCACGAAGACCGAGCAGAUCUCGACGAUCUCGAUUAGCAAGCACGACAGCUGUCCGAAAUGUCGUUGGCGAAUUUUACUCUGCCCUACCAGUCGGCCACGAUGGCGCCGUUCCUCUACACAGGAUCCGGCGCAGGACACACGACGGCCAACAACCUUCGCUUGAACGCUUUGUUGCCGUCGGGAGCAGUGCCGACUUUCAAUGAACAAGAGACUUUUCCUAACGAGCCUUACGUGUCCCCGAUCAAGUAUCGUCCGCAUCAGCAACGACGUCAGUCUGCUCAACCGAGGAGUCGCGAGAUCUACGCGGAGCACUCGUCCUUCUCGUCGACGCAGGACACUCGUUACGCCAUUUACAAUCAAGACUUCAGAAGAACACAACCGAGACAGCAGCAGCAGCAGCAGCAGCAGCAGCAGCAGCAGCAGCAGCAGCAGCAGCAGCAGCAGCAGCAACAGCAACAGCAACAGCCGCAACAGCAACAAAUGAGACCACCUCCUUCGUCGUUUCAGCAGCGAGGCCACUCGUCCGAACCGGUCAAGUCUCGGGCGGAAGAACAAGACGGUUAUCCAGAGAGACCUAAUGGUUACACGAGAGUUAACGGCGGGAGCUCCGUUGGUCCAGGUACCAAAACCUCAGUCCACGCUGUGUUGGAUUACGACGACGACUUUGACGAUUACUACGACGACGACGAUCAGGAUAUACCGAGGAACGCGCACGUCACACCUAUACAAGGCCCGAUUUUCCUAAAAAAUGGUUCUGUUCCUGUUGUGCCGUUGUACUCGUAUCCCCAGCUGAAUAACGGCACAUUCGUACAAAUACCGAUUCUGUGGACUGCGCUUUCGGUAGCAUUAGGCGUCGAACUGAGGGGGGAUUUGGUGCGAGGUGCACCAUGCAUCAAAAGAUAUCAUCAAUUAUUUUGCCCAACCGCGGGGAACACAUACCCGAUAGAACGAAUAGAGCGUUUUAUUGAUGAAAAUAAGGCGUUGAUGAAAAGGAUGUACGGCGACUUUGAGAUGAAUCCAGGAUACGGAUCGAGCACGAGCGAACCUGGACAUCGCACUAGAACGCGAAGAAAAAGUAGAGACGUGCGGAAGCACGACAUUCCCGAUGGCGGACCCAGAGAUCAAAACGACGAGAUACAGGCAGAAAGCGAGAUCGACGAAGAAUAUUUCAGUAAGAGUAGAAACGCAAGGCAGUCCUUCGGGAAAAAUCGCAGCUCGGAGAGCGGCAGAAUUGACGCGUGCGAGUCUAAGGUCGAGAUCGUGACUCCCUACUGGGCAAGUAACAGCGCCGGAAAGAUCCGCGCCAUUGUGAACACUCAACAUUUCGAGCAGGCUAUACAUCAGGAAGUGUGCUCGAAAACACAGACAAAUCGUUGCGGCGGAGACUGUGGUUGCGAGCAAAAGUACAAGUGGCACAGAUUGCUCGCGUACGAUCCUGAUAACGAUUGCAAGGGCAUAUUCAUGGAUUGGUUCCUGUUCCCUUCCUGCUGCGUCUGCAGAUGCGAUCCAACCACCACCAACAAGUUCUCUUCGUCGAGCGGUAGAAACUGACGCGACGCGACGCGACGUGAAAAGUCAUGUACGAUCGCCGGCAGAAAGGUCGACGUACUUGUAUCUUUUCUCAUAAGUUUCAGAACUUCACUUACUCUUUACCCUCAGAAAAAAAUUCUUCAAAAGAACACUCAGCCAGUCUCUCUCUCUCUCUCUCUCUCUCUCUCUCUCUCUCUCUCUCUCUCUCUCUCUCUCUCUCUCUCUCUCUGACGACGAUCGUGCAGUCGGUUGCAGAACGGUUUAGACAUAUUUUUUUCCAACGAAGUUAGCGGCCUGAAGCACUCUUAAUUUCGUUAGAAACUUAAUAAAGGUUAUACCUACCUACCUAUGUGUGCCGUAAUUGUAUCGCCAUGUGGACUGCGACGGUUAAAAACGGAUGUCUGACAUCACUCGGUGAAAGAUCAUGCGAGACGCAUUGGAGAAAAUUGAAGCAGAGAUACAAUCGGAGUGGUUUUACAUAACGCGUGGCGCGUGACGCGAAGCGAAACAUUUCAGUAACAUAGGUUUUAUUUAUAUAAGGAAAGUAUAAAUGUUAUCUUUUUUGUAGUUUCUCCGAUAAAAGUUGAUUAUAAUAUACAAUAAAGUGUCUUUGGUCAGCGCGUUUAGUCCGUAAAUGAGCGGUCGGCGCAUGAAGUGCCGGUUCUCGUAGCGUGCGCUCCGUUUUCUGCUUUCUCCUUCUUUUUUUUUUCGUUGGAUAUACGUACGAUGCCUCCUCUAGAUUGAAUACGAUGCGCGAACACAGUGAAUG